AUGGCAUCGAUAUCGAGUCUUCCUCCCGAGAUGCUGGGUGAAAUUGCCGCACGCUUCCAAGAUGACAGCUCACUUGGCGCAAAUAACGACUGGAAAGCCAACCAGAACACGCUCGCGAUUCUUUCCAGGGUAUCGAAGUCAUUCCAGUAUGCAGCCCAACCUCUUCUCUAUCGCAGAAUCUAUCUCGCCGUCCGGGACCCAGUCGGCCUCGACAUCUUGUCGUUGAUUAAGGUUCUUUAUCGUCGCCAGGACCUCCGCUCCAAGGUGGACAAAGUCCAGAUACACUUUGAAAAGGCUUUCUCUUGCCACCUGGAGCGAAGUACAGAUGAUGUUCAGAAUCUCCAUCAUUUGGCUCGGAAUAUUGACCAGACAAACCUCUGCCGUGCACUGCAGGGGAACACAAAAAGUUCCUGGUUAUACAAUAAUGUUUUAUCUUCGCUGCUUUUCAAUCAGCUUCGAGGUUUAUCGCAAGUAAUGAUCACUGGGCUAUACAGCCCGGACUUGAAAGACGACUAUGGAGAAUUCGACCACUUUGACAAUGCUUGGUCGAUCUUGCCCUAUUCCUUGAUACCUCCCUCUGAGACGCCGGAGGCUUUGCUUCAGAACUUGACUUUUAUUUAUUUAGACGCCCACGAAGUUACAAAAAUCCAGCUCUCAGAAUUUCACACGCUCGCUUGUCUUGCACCCAACCUCGAAUCGUUCUCGGGCUGCAGAUUCAAGAACGUCCCGACAGCGGCAUUCAACGGUUUCAAAAAGCUCAAGCACUUGUCUCUCGUGGACGCACCUGUAGAGGAUGACGAUUCUUUGAACCAGGGAGGGUUUCUCGAGAUUCCGCCUGGACUUCAUUCUUUUCAGUACAGUGUGCGUUUUGCCUUGUACUUGGGUGAACAGUACAUAUCCCCGAUGAAGGUCCGACGGGCCCUUGCGCAACACUCAGACACUCUGAAUUACAUUGAGGUUCGAUUCCCCAAGGGAAGUUUAUUGGAGGAGGACGACCUAAUCGAUACUUUUGGGAUGUUCAAAAGACUCGAGCAUCUUUCGGCGGAUCCAAGGGAUUUUGUGAUGUACGGCCAGAAUAGCUCAGGCCCACAUGCGUUCAUCACAACAUUACCUCGAUCACUUCGAAACCUAACCAUCCUGGACCAGUCUUACUGGGAUAUACAGGACAUCGAAUGGCUUGCCGAUGCCGUUCAUAAAGGAGACUUCGAGAAUCUCGAAAGCCUCACCAUUGGUGUUGAUGAACGUGACAUGGACUUCUUUUAUACCACUAUGGGAGAAAUUUGGGACGGGAUCGAUAAGCCAGAGUUUGAGGAGGAAAAGGCUUCUUUCUGUGUCACAGUGAUUUCUAGGACCAACGAUGUAUCCGAAGUUAGCAGUGUCAAUUCGUUAUCAAUUCGUACAUCCAUUACAUUUGUGCAAGAACGGUCAUCUCGCGAGCAUGAGGAAGUACGGGCGCCAACGCUAAUCGAUCCGCAUGAAGCUAUCGAGGGAACUUUGGACUACGACAUACCGAUUUGGAAAGUUCUCCCUGCGACGUCAUUGAUCAAUGAGGCUGGCUCCCUGCUCAGUCAAGCGAGUCCACCGCAAGAGCUCAGCCGAUGGCGAGCUGUCGGCACUUUUGGACUCUAUGUCCUCGGAAUUGGAACUGUCUUCAUCAUCGGAUCUGUUGGCUUCAUGAGCUUUUUCUGGAAAACUUCGAUUAUGGCUAAUGAAGUCGUUGUGCAAAACACAUUAUGGAGUCAAAUCGUUUUCGCCGACUGGGCGUCUAGAUCAAUCACUCUGACGGCCGCUGCGCUGCGUGUUUGUCUGGCGCUCCAGAUGAGCUUGUUCACCGCAAUGAUCGCCUCGCUCAUGAUAGAACGGACAGGGAUAUCUUUCAGCGCGGCUCCCUUCGUCUCUAUGCUGAGAGCUAUGCCUGCAUCGCCGUACAGUUUGAUCAGUUGGACACCUUUCGACAUGCCCUUGGGCAUUGGGACCGUUUACACCAUGGCUAUCACAACUUCAGUUCUCUUGACAGCAGCAUCUCAGUUGGCCUCGACCGCCUUGCUGUCUGAUUUCGCAGUGGUAAAUGUGACUGCACCGCAAAAAGCCGUCAACAUGCUGUACGGAAACAGUAGUGUCAUAAACCCAACAGUGAUGCAGGGCUCCAGCAUCUGGAAGUCAAAGCCUUGGGUCUAUCCAAGGUUUGCGGAACUACAAAGGCAGCCUACCGAGGCCCAGCAGUCCGAAUUUUUCGAAGAUACAGGGACCAUCCUACGGGCAUUCAUUCCCUUUGCGAAUGAGCCAAGCCGUAGUCGCCUGCGAAAUUAUGAAGGGUCCGCCGCUGUUGUAGACUCCAGAGUGGUCUGCGUCAGACCUGUCAUCCGGAACGUCACAUUUUCUGCGGUUGCCUUUGACUUCUCAAACGAUACACGGCUAGAGACCUACAGCGAGUUCAAUGUCCUCGGGCAGUUUGACAUACAAGGAGGCUACGACCAGCUGCCGAUCAACCGAGGCCAAAACCAGAUAGAUGAGCCAAAGUGGCCUUUCAACUGUGUGGUUCCCGCUGAAGAUAUUCAUGGUUACUCCAAAGGCGAACCCCUCGCUUCACAAAUUGACAACUUUUCGAUCUGUUCAGUGGGUCGGGGAGAAAAUAGGACAUGGCCGGAUGGGAAGAAUUACACCAUGCCAUUUCUUCCCUCACCCUUUUCAGCACUGAACACUACCUACACCUCUAUAUUCCUUGUAUUCAACGGCACUGGGACAAUGCCUCAGUGGCAUCAGGGUCUCCGGGUUCAUGGCAACUUGAACAGCAGCACUAGCCGCUGGGAAGCCUCUGCCGAUAAAUGGAUAUCGACCUCGGAUGGAAUGUGGAAUAGUGUUGAUAUACCAUGGGAAGGACAUGCCAAGAGAGUAGGUGUCUCCGUCACCGCAUGCUUUGCAAACUUGCAGGGCCAUGUGCAAAAUGUUAGCAUGUCCAGUAAGGUUGAUGGCCACGAACCGAUCCUAGCUUGGGACAGCCCGAAUACUCAGUACACCACGAAUGUCAUUCGGGACCAGUAUUCCAGCAUCUGCAAAGGACCUCCCGGCGGAGACCCUAGCCCGGAACUACUCGAACUUAUUCCGAAGAAGAGUUGGAAGAGUGAGGAUCACAGACUGUCACUCGACGUAGUCACCUCUCAACUUCCUUUCAUGACACGCAGCCUGCACCACCCCUUAAUCGACCCAUCGCCCUGUGGGAUGCUACGGACGGGUGGAUAUUCCUCCCGUGCCGUUCAUUACGCACAUUCUGCGCUCUUUCAAGACGUGCUCAGGACGAGCUUGAGCGUACCAGAGGCACUACAGGCUAUCCUCACAGUCACUCAGCAAAUGUCUUACUACGAUACCUUGCCUUACUUCCGGAAUGCUUGGCCAGCGACGUACGCCAUGACAGAGGAAAAACUGAUUCCCGUCCGGUGGGUUGGGUUUGGUAUCGUCGUUGCUAUCAUCGUGUUACACCUAGGCCUCGUUACAGCUGCCUCUAUUCUGUUUCUCAAGUUGACUACCUGCAGCAGCUUGGGAAAUGUGUGGAUGUCACUAAGCCAGAUUGUGUCAUUGGAGACGGAAGGUCUGAUUCAGGAAGCUACAUCGAAAGAUGACAAUGCAGUUGAGAAGAUGAUUUGGGAAGCAAUAUCCAAAGGUGAUUCGGGGUUGAGGCAGAGGGUUAAGAUACUGAAGAACGGGCUGAACGGCCGGAAUGAGUUGAGCUCCUUCUAA